UACGAGAUUGAUAAUAAUAAUAAUCGGGGAAAAAAAAAACAAUAAUAUAUAUACAUCUUCUGAGAGUGUGCAAGAAUGUGUGUUACUUUUUAUGACAUGAGAACAUCUAUAAAAUGAGUUGUGCUUCAUUCAAUUAAUGUUUUGUCUUCGAAAAGCAAGUGUCGAGAAGUGAGAAGUGAGAAUAAAGAGAAUAGAGCGAAAAAAACCCAUAAGAAGAAAAGAACACGACGCGAUAAACGGUAAUCGAAAAGGAUUAUAUAUAUUACAUACGCUGAUAUUUCUUCGUUUCAUUCCAUUCGAUGUGUGAUUUUUCUAUGAACGCAAAAACCAUAAAAAGCUUGAUUGACAUUUACAAGUCACACAAUUAAGUGAAAUCGACCAUUUUCCCACCCCCCGUUGUUUUUCAUCGACCAACACCAUUUCAUCGGAAUUGUUGACCAAGUUUUGAAACAAAUAGAACAAGCGAGAGAAAAUUGAAUUGAGUUGAGCUUUUCUUCUCUUCAAUUAGUAUAAUAUAAAUGGUGUUAGUGUGUCCAUAAUCCUGUACAAGAUUUUUGUGGAUCGAGAACAGAAGAAGAAGAAAAGAAAAACGAACAUUGGAAUCUUCAGCACUUCGAUAACGUUGUACUCGCGUGCAGAACACUUUUUAUUUUCUCGCGAAAUUGAUAAUCUGAGUAAAACUGGAGAGUCAGCCGAGCACGAAACGUAAUGAUAAUUUGAGAAACGAAACACGUAAUUGCAAUCGGCAGCAACGGAACAGUAGAAAAAAUACAAAACCAAAGGAAGAAAAUACGAAUUAAAUCAAAUGCACAUGGUGUACAUUUCUGCAAUCACAUUUACAACGGCAUUCGGUUAUUUAAUAGAAAAUCUUCCAAAAACGCUGAAUCUCGUGUAUAAGUGGCAUAUAAAUACACAUUUAUUAACGGAUGCGCUGUGUUUACUGAAACAUUUCAAAGUGUCGCGCGAGCUCUUUGUCUCUCUCACACGCUUUUUCUCUCUCUGUGUGUAUGUAUAGUGCGAGCGAUUGAGAGAGACUUGAACUUGGAUCAAAUAUAGAGAGAGUGUGAGAAAUAGAUAAAACAAAAAAUAUAACACAAAUUGUUACAGUGACCGUGAAACGAACCGAGAAAGCGAAAAGUAAACAUUAAAUCUCGAAAAUUGUAUUUGACUUGCACAUACAGUGUAAAUUUGCAGACAAUUUACAAGUAUUAACUCGAUAUAGUAUAUUUACACAGACUAGUACCGAUUUGAGUUGAUUUUCGUACGUUCGACGACGAUAACGUGAACAGAGAGGAAGCUGUAAACCGAGAAGAAAAGAAGAAGACAAUAACCGACAAAGUUAUCUGUCAAAUUGCAUAUUAUCAAAUCGUUUGCAAAAGUUUCCAAGCGAAAGGGAAAAUACUGUUUAAAAGAAUAGGAAGAAGAAGAUAAAAAAAUAAACAAAAUAAACAAACGACGACACACAAAAAAUGGGUUGUGAACUAGGUAAAUUGGCGUCGAGCACAAAGUCAGAUGAUGUGAAUGCAACCAGCCCCAUUGAACCACCGCCACCAUCAGCACCAGAUCCUCGUUUACCGCUCACAGCUCGCCAAAAAUAUACAAUGAUUGCAUCAUGGAAAGGGAUAUCACGCGCUAUGCAACCGACCGGAAUUAAUAUGUUCAUUAAGCUAUUUGAAGAUCAUGGUGAGCUUUUGGGUCUAUUCAAUAAAUUUCGAGAGCUUAAAACCAAAGAACAACAAGCAUCGUCCGAAGAAUUGGCUGAACAUGCAAAUAAAGUGAUGGAAACACUUGACGAAGGCAUACGUGGUCUUGAUGAGCUUGACGCAUUCUUUGAUUUUCUGCAUCAAGUGGGCGCAUCACAUACCCGUAUUCCUGAAUUCAGACCCGAAUAUUUUUGGAAAAUUGAGAAACCAUUUCUAUCGGCUGUGGAAGAUACAUUGGGCGAUCGAUACACGGAGAAUGUAGAAGGAAUUUAUAAACUAACUAUUAAAUUUAUUAUAGAAACACUAAUCACAGGGUUCGAAAGUGCCAAUUCAAAGAAUUCAACAGCUGCUGUCAACAACAAUAGUAAUUCCACCUCGGCAAAUGCAAACUCGUGAAAAUAGUCAAAUUAAAACUAAUUCAUCGAAACCGGUUCGAAAGGUCGCUCUCAAUUUUCGAUACAAAUACAUUCACGCGACGCGCGCGCGCGCAUCUUAUAACGGUAAUGGUAUUAAUAUUGACAAAACAAAUACAUCAUACAACAAUAGCAACAGCUAUUCGUUUUGCACUUAAAUUAACAAGAAAAUGAAAACAAAGAAGAAAUUUUGACAUC